UCUUUCUUAAUUUCUUUUCCCAAUUUUGGGAAUUCAGUUUCUGGUUUCAAGGAAGCAAGCCAUGAACGCUCUUGCAGCAACCAACCGCAACUUUCUCCACGCAAGUCGGAUUCUGGGGUUGGACUCUAAGCUUGAAAAGAGCCUCUUAAUCCCCUUCAGAGAAAUCAAAGUGGAGUGUACAAUCCCCAAAGAUGAUGGAACUCUAGUUUCCUAUGUGGGGUUCAGAGUUCAACAUGACAAUGCUCGUGGGCCUAUGAAAGGAGGAAUUCGUUACCACCCUGAGGUUGACCCGGAUGAAGUCAAUGCUCUAGCUCAGCUGAUGACGUGGAAGACGGCUGUGGCUAACAUUCCAUAUGGUGGGGCCAAAGGUGGGAUUGGAUGCAAUCCGAGGGAAUUGAGCAUAAGUGAGCAAGAGCGUUUAACUCGUGUAUUCACUCAAAGAAUCCAUGAUCUCAUUGGAAUUCGUAGGGAUGUUCCUGCCCCUGACAUGGGAACUAAUGCACAGACAAUGGCAUGGAUUCUUGAUGAGUACUCAAAGUUUCAUGGGCAUUCCCCUGCCGUUGUGACUGGAAAACCAAUUGAUCUUGGAGGUUCACUUGGAAGGGAAGCUGCAACCGGGCUAGGAGUGGUUUUCGCAACAGAAGCUUUACUAGCCGAAUAUGGGAAGUCAAUUUCCAACUUGAAGUUUGCCAUACAGGGCUUUGGAAAUGUGGGGUCAUGGGCAGCCAGGUUCAUCUAUGAGAAAGGUGGUAAGAUUGUUGCUGUUAGCGACAUCACGGGUGCACUCGAAAGCCCAAAUGGGAUUGAUAUCCCAGCUCUGGUGAAACACAAAGAAACCAAUGAAAAUCUGAAGGAUUUCCCUGGUGGGGAUGUUAUGGAUCCUAAUGACCUGCUUGUUCAUGAAUGUGAUGUUCUCAUUCCAUGUGCCUUGGGUGGUGUUCUCAACAAGGAAAAUGCUGCUGAUGUGAAGGCAAAGUUCAUAGUAGAAGCUGCAAAUUGUCCCACCGACCCCGAAGCAGAUGAGAUCCUGUCCAAGAAAGGAGUUGUUAUACUUCCUGACAUCUAUGCAAAUUCUGGUGGUGUGACUGUUAGCUACUUUGAAUGGGUUCAGAAUAUCCAAGGAUUCAUGUGGGAAGAACAGCAAGUGAACAGAGAGCUGAAUAGGUAUAUGAGGAAAGCUUUUGGAGACAUAAAGGGAAUGUGUCAAACUCAUGGUUGCAACCUCCGAAUGGGCGCAUUUACAUUGGGAGCGCACCGAGUUGCUCGUGCCACCAUGUUGAGAGGCUGGGAAGCAUAAUUGUUGUGAUUUCUUAACCAACUUGUUCAUUUCAGUUGUAUAACAGUAAGAAAGUAGAGAAAAUGUUGGUGAAAGAUGAGAAAUGAGAACUAUUUGCAGUUUAAAGAACAAAUUACUAACUCUUUU